AUGACGGGACCCGCCCAAAGAGCCAGCCACCAGCGCUGUCCCCCCAAAAUCCCCCGCUUCCUGCCUCCCGUUCGCUCCCCAGCAGCGUCCAGCCCGCAUCGCAGAGCAGAGCGCACACCUAGGUCCACAUGGCUGGAGAAGAAAUCUCGAGAAGUUGCCCGAAAGCAGGGCAAAGCUCAGUGGGUCCCCAAGGGCGUCUCAAGGGAACGUGAGGAGCUGCCUGGAGAGGGGGCGUUGGGGUCAGGACAGAGGGCAGGCGAGGGGACACCAGGAAGCCUCUUGCACCAGCGGCGCCGUUGGAGGACCAGGCGACUCGCUUGUGGCACUGGCGACAGAGGGGAAAGUUUCUGGCUCAGACUUUCAAGAAGAAACCGUUCAUCUUUGAGUUUGCUCCCCAGGGCAACUCGACUGUGGAAAGGGAGUGUGGCGGUGUGGCGCUCAUUGUGCGCCCAGAAGAGCCGUGCCACCACCGGUCCCAUUCUGAAAGCUCCGCCCCGCAGCCCCCGGCGAGCGCCCCCUCCGCAGGCCCGCACGCUUCUGGCCCCAGUUCUACUCCGGAGGGACAGACUCCACGAUCGGGGUGCAACAAGCUGCAGGUGCACCGGACACCCAGCUGAGACCAGGGAGGGCAAGGCGGCUUUUAUUGUGGUUUUCUUCGUUUCCUUUCAUCCUGGAGAGGGGAGAGGGCGGCCGCCUUCCUGCUGCCCUCGCAGCUCCAGCGGACCCCUUGCCGCCCCGCAAGGCCGGCGCCGGGCGGCUGUCCCGGCUCAGAGCUCGGCGGCGCCACUCGCCCAGCCCCAGAGCAGCCGGCGGGCGGGCGCGCGGCACGCCGGGACUUGUAGUUCUCCGCGGGCGGGAGGGAGUCCGAGAGCUGCAGCCUUAAGGAAGAGGGGAGGCCAGGAAGAGAAGGGAAGGGACCUGGGCAGGGGCCUUGUGAAUCUAAGGGAGGCCAUUUGCAAGAACUUAAAGCUUUCAGGAAGCCUGGGGGGGAGGGGAACACUCCUAGAGAGAUUUUUAAAUUGGGGAUUUUCAGGCUAAUACCAUUUUCUGCCUGUCUUACUGGCUCAUGGCAACCCUGAUGAAGUUUUAAGCUGGCGUUUGGCAGUAACGACAAGUUAGAGAUUUCCCAGGCGAAGUUCUUAUUUAGGGCCUUACUUCCCCUCACCCCAGACACACACGUGGCUUUCUCUGCUUGGAGCACCUAUUGUGUUGCUCGCAGAAUAACUCAGUUGAAGCCCUGGGCAUGCAAACGGAGGGUGAAUAACUGCACCUUACAUUUGUAGGGCACUCUACAGUUUACAAAGCACGUUUUACUUAACUGGCUCAUUAUAGUAGAACCAUACAGUAACACUGAGUUAGACAGAGAAUGACUUAAGAUGCACAGUUUUUUGUAUUCACACCUGCAGAGGCCGGGCCACCCACCUCCGCACUCUUCAUGUCCUUCUCCAGCCCUUCCCUCGGCAGCUGGGGAGAUGAAAGUGGGGAGAAGGAUGGCUGCGGGUAGAUGAGGUGGACGCAGUGAAAGAAGAGGAGCCUGCUGUGAAGGACUUUUUUGAAAUAGCUGAUGAAUAAAUCCUUACUAAGUAGGGAGAUAAGUAAAACCAAAGGAAGUAACUAUGGAUUGAAAGAACGGUGUGGGAAAGAAAAGGCAGAUGAGAUAGAUGCAGAGACCGAAUAGAAGGUUGUGAUCCGUCUAGAGGCAAUAUGGAGAAGAUGUAUCAAAGAAAGAAAGAAAAAAGAAAAAUUGAGCAGGGCUUUUAGAAGCCCCGUAGACCUGGAAUCCUGGUGGUGUCACUUCACAGCUGGCUCUGCAACCUUAGAUUUAGUGUUUUUAUUAUGAAAGCAAUACAUGCUCAUCAUCACUAAAGUCCAGAACUGUAAGAAUUUCCCCAUCUCGUCUCCCACUAACAGUGCGCCUAUCCAAUCGGCCAGGAAACCCUGUUGGCUCCAUCUUCAAAAUAUGUUCUGAGUUCAACCAUUUCUUCCAUCUUCACUGUGACUGCUUGGGUGGGGCCACCACCACAUCUUGUCCAAGGUCACUAUAGCCUGCCAUCUGGUCUCCCCACUUCUCCCUGCCCCCACAGGCUAUCUCAACCCAAGCGUCCUUUAAAAGAGAAGUUAGAUCGUGUCACUCCUCUGCUCACAACCCUCCAGUGGCUCCCUACUUGCUCCAAAGGAAAAGCCAAUGUCCUUACGCAGGCCUAUAAAGCCCUACAGCCAUGCUGUCCGAGGAGCUGACCGCUGGCCGCAUGUGGCUGUACAGCGCUUGAGAUGUGGUCCAUUGGAAUUGAGAUGUCAAAUACACACUGGAUUUUGAGGAAUUCCUUUGAAAAAAAAAAGAAUGUAAACAUUGAUGUUUGCCAGAAGUGAGGGCUAGAGGGUGGGAGAAAUGAGUGAAGGGAGUGAGAAGAUACAAACUUCCAGUUAUAGGAUAACUAAGUCCUGGGGAUGUAAUGCACAGCAUGGUGACUAUAGUUAAUAAUACUGUAUCGCAUAUUAGAAAGUUGCUAAGAGACUAGACCUUAAAAGUUCUCAUCACAAGAAAAAAAAUUGUAACUGUAAGGUGGGGAUGUUAACUAAACAUUGUGCUAAUCAUUUUGUGAUGUAUGCAUACAUCAAAUCAUGUUGUACAUCUUUAACUAAUACAAUGUUACAUGUUAAUUAUAUCUCAAUAAA